CAGAGUAAAGCGAACCGACAGGAAGAAGCACAGCCAAUACGAAACACAGACAGAACACGCAUUUCGGAUCGCUCCCUCGUUCUCAGAGUAAAGCUGCCAGCAAAAAAAAAUAAAGAAAAAAAAAAUCUCAGCAAGCAAGCACGCACAGACAGGAAAACGACUGGGAGCAGAUUCAGCGUACCGGGACUCGCUGUAGACAAUGAGGGGUGGGACCAUUUUAUAAACUGGAAGAAAAAAAAAAAAAUUAAGAACAAAAGUUAGUUUCGUUUUUGAUUGCGAUCUACGCUGACAGUAUAUGAAGCCCGUGCCAUCACCAAAGGCUUGGGAUACGCAGCGCAGAUUUGGUUCGGUUUUAACUGAGCCGUUUCCAAGAGCCUUGUACUUGCUCAGUUACCUUCAGACUUGUUUUACUCCGUAAUAACAGCGGCGUUACAUAACGCAUUACCAUCCGUCGAGUUGAAGACAGUUUCAGGAGUUUUUUAGGAUUUUUUUAUUUUUAAUUUUUUAAUAAUUAUUGUAAUGUUUCCACAAUUUAUGGUGGAAAAGAAGCUGGGUCAAUUUAAUAAAACACUUUUUUUUUUUUUUCAACACGUCGAGAUUUCAGUCUAAUUUUGCUUGCUGGCAUAUUUCGUAUAUAGUUAUUUCUUUAUUUACUGCGUAUUAAAAAAAAAAACAACAACAAAAACUAAAAAGAGAGACAUGUAGUAGCCUACUGGUUUUGUGUGACCCGACUCAGGAAAGUUAACUACUCGGCACUCACUCUGCGUAGUACGCUAAACGGCGUAUUGUUAUUAUGGCAGAAUAUUAUAACAGGAUAUUUUUUAAAACCGUUGACAUUUUUCUUUUUUGCUUCUCUCGCGUAAGUGACGUCGCCUCGUGUUUUGAAUGAACGGGAAAGGAGCAUCAGGCUGUUUUGUUUGACAACACCGCUUCCCUGAACGCGACAGAGAUGUCCACUGGUUUAAGCUGCAUUGUGUUUUUUGCCACCCUGGUUCUUCCAUGUGUUCUAACAGAACGCAUUCAAUGCGAAGAUUCAGUAAAGGGGUCCAUUUGCUUGGGGGACUUGUGCUAUACUGCUAAACUUCCAGACACGGUUGUGAAAGGCUGUCUGAAAAACGCUUGUCAAGCGGGCUUUGCUUGCUGUCAUACAGAGAUGUGCAAUUCAAACACAACCUUGCUAUCCCCUGUGAAGCCCAAGCCCACACCCGAUGAUUCUGAGGAAAAUGUAAAUGAAUCCGACAAGGGUCGAUGGGAGUGUGUGUGCGAGGGGUCCGAGGGCUGUGAAGACGGUAGAUGUUGGGGUCACAGGUGCUUCGUUGUUGUGUCUGCCGAGGGGUACACUGUGAAAGGCUGCUACACCACACACAUCAUGGAACGCUGUCGCCAGCCACCCCAGAGAGAGAAGUGCUGUGAAGGAACCUUCUGUAACACCAACCUGACUGUCCCCCUGCACACCACCCCGCAGCCACCAGGGGACACUGUGGAGCAGCUGGUUCUCUUCACUGUGAUCCCAGUGCUGGUUCUCAUUGUACUGGUGCCACUGGUUAUACUGCUUUUCUGGUGGAUGAGCUCCCAGCGCCGCCGGCAGGUCAUCGUCAAACAGGAAGAGUACGGAAACGUCAACAUGCUUCGGACCCCCAGCCUUGGAGACAGCACUUGUGGGGAUAUAUUUGAUGAGUUCUGCACCUCCGGUAGUGGAUCUGGACUCCCAUACCUAGUCCAGAGGACAGUGGCCAGACAGAUUUCUCUCAUGGAGUGUGUGGGUAAAGGGCGGUACGGUGAGGUGUGGAGGGGGGUGUGGAUGGGGGAGAAUGUGGCUGUGAAGAUCUUCUCCUCGAGAGAUGAGCAGUCCUGGUUCAGAGAGACUGAGAUCUACAACACAGUUCAGCUGAGACACGACAACAUCCUGGGCUUCAUCGCGUCGGACAUGACCUCCAAGAACUCCAGCACACAGCUGUGGCUCAUCACCCAUUUCUACGAGCACGGCUCGCUCUACGACUACCUGCAGCUCAACACCCUGGACUCCCAGGGCUGCCUGCGCUUCUGCCUGUCCAUCGCCUGCGGCCUGGUCCACCUGCACACAGAGAUAUUCAGCACCCAGGGCAAGGCAGCCAUCGCCCACCGCGACCUGAAGAGCAGGAACAUCCUGGUGAAGAGGAACCGGCAGUGCUGCCUCGCAGACCUGGGCCUGGCUGUGAUGCAUUGCCAGACUAGUGACAGCCUGGACAUUGGGAAUAAUCUCCGCGUGGGCACCAAGAGGUACAUGGCCCCGGAAGUGCUGGAGGAGAGCAUCCGCACGGACUGCUUCGAGUCCUACAAGCAGACGGACGUGUGGGCCCUGGGGCUGGUGCUGUGGGAGAUCACUCGCAGAACUGUCAUCAACGGGAUCGUUGAGGAGUACCGCCCCCCGUUUUUUGACGUGGUCCCUACAGACCCCAGCUUCGAGGACAUGAAGAAAGUGGUGUGCACCGACCAGCAGAGACCCAACAUCCCCAACAGAUACUACUCCGACCCGACGUUGUCCACAAUUGCCAAGAUCAUGAAGGAGUGCUGGUACGCCAGCCCUUCAGCCAGACUGACCUCCCUGCGGAUCAAAAAGACCCUGUCCAAGCUGGACAACUCUGAGGACAAGCUGAAACAAGACUAUUAAACUAUACAACCCAUCAUUCAUACAAAUUAUAUAUCAAAAUAUAUACUGUAUAUUUAUAUAUGUAUAUAUAUAAUAAUAAUAUUUUACGUAUUUAAAAUCUCAGUGGAUGGGAAGAGACUUUGUUUUGAAACACUUCCGAAGCUCAACACACAACAAGAGCUAAAGGAAAGACCUCCUUCACCCCCUAUCCCCUAUCUCCUACACCCUAUCCCCUAUCCCCUACCCCCUUUCUCCCACAGCUCUGAGCUACACAGCCCUCCAGUCCACACAGUCUAAUAAACAUCAACAGAACUGAAUCCUUCAACACAGGACAAGACGUAGCAUCAGGAGUUAUGUAGCUUUAACCAUCAGCUGUGGUGGUGCUUCCACCUGGUGGUCAUUUGAAGUAUAACAGCCAACAAAGCUGACAGGUUCAAGACUGGGACAAUUCAUUUCAGCUACAGUGGCCUUAAUGGGACCGGUUUGGAAAAGCAAAAUAAUUAACAUUCAAGAUACAAUAGAGGAAUGAAGCAGGCGAUCUGCUAGCUUACCAGAUGGAUAUCAAGGAGAUAUUAAUGGCAAAUCUUUCAGAAGUGGCUGUCUGCUAUUUGCACUCCUCUCUGUGCCUGGAAUUGGGAAUUGAAUAUCCAGACCUAAAGCAGUGUGCACCUUUAUCACAACACCCCAUUGCUUCUGUAUCAGAGCACCCCAUUGCUUCUGUAUCAGAGCACUCCAUUGCUUCUGUAUUAGAACACCCCAUAGCUUCUGUAUUAGAACAUCCCAUUGCUUCUGUAUUAGAACACCCCAUUGCUUCUGUAUUAGAACAUCCCAUUGCUUCUGUAUUAGAACACCCCAUAGCUUCUGUAUUAGAACAUCCCAUUGCUUCUGUAUUAGAACACCCCAUUGCUUCUGUACCAGAGCACCCCAUUGCUUCUGUAUCAGAGCACUCCAUUGCUUCUGUAUUAGAACACCCCAUAGCUUCUGUAUUAGAACAUCCCAUUGCUUCUGUAUUAGAACACCCCAUAGCUUCUGUAUCAGAACACCCCAUUGCUUCUGUAUUAGAACACCCCAUUGCUUCUGUAUUAGAACACCCCAUUGCUUCUGUAUCAGAACACCCCAUUGCUUCUAUAGCUUUGGUUUGCUGUGCAUAUGAAGUCAAACCACUGGGACUGAAAAUCUUCGAACAUUUUCAAAAAAAGCAAAUCAGUGAUUGUCUAAUUUAAUUGAUGACUUUAACAGGCGACACAUGCAAGUCAUUUAAAACAGUAAGAUAAAAUGAACACAUAGCCACACGUGAUAAAAUGCAGGAGACUUUUUAGAAGUUGUUUAAGAUGCCGAAUUAAAGCACAAAGUGGUCUAACAUUUUCACACGAGUGCCUAUCUAUAUCACUGAUUACUGAGAGGAAAUUGAAAUUCUCACACCCAGAGGUUUUCAUGCAGGUCGGUAUAUAAAGGAUAUCAAUGAUGAAUCUUGAGGAGCUCUAAUACAUUUGCACACUGCUGUAUGCUGUAUGUUUUACUGCAACAUGACAAUGUACUAAAACCGCAGAGUCAGGCUGACUGGUUCCGGCUCCAUUAAACAUUUCAUUUGAUACGUGUUUUAUUUGUGUUACUCCUGUUAAGUAAAAAGCCUUUUUAACUCCUAAUUUUUCUACUGCACUUUCUAAACAUAUUUAAUUUGUUUUAAGGGUGUUUUCCAUCUGAACCACUAGCAUAUCCACAGGAGAGAAAAGAGCCCUUCCAUUUAAAGAAAUGGUGCGCUCCGUGAGUAAGAUGUCUAAUAUAGAUUGUGGAACGAACCAUUUUUAAAUGGGUAGUUCUUUUGGGUGCAGCCAGGUAGACUGGACAUAAGUUUAGAACUUUGAACUGCUUGUAUGUGAGUAUAGUAUCACUUAACUAGUAAUGGACCAAAAUAAAAAGUAUUUUUUUACACUAAGAAGAUGUUGUAUUACUAAAGUGCAUUACUGUUCAUAGCAUUGUUUUUGUAAACUAUCCCUGUAACUUGUUAUUACAUGUCUCUGCUACUGUAUGCUUGCUUAAUAAAACCACAAGAUGUA